AUGACUACAAGGCUGAUGUGUGAUGGCUCUGAUGUACAGCAGCCAUUUAUUGUGUCUUCGCUCGUCUUGAUCCUCAGCCGUUGUCUCAAGUGUUCAAGCGCUCACGCCAUAGCCAGGAUAACGACCGCCGUUGCUUCGACAGCCGUGACCUUUACAUACACGAGACUGGUCUGGUGGAUCACGCCUUAUGAGCACCGCAACAUCUCCAAGCUCUGGCUGCCUCCUCGAGCCACGUCUUUGAUCCUCGUUGGGCUCGCAAGCGUCGGUGACAUCGUUUCCACUUUGGGCAGUGGCCAGAUCAUCAAGCCCCCUCCCGCGCACCUUCAGGCCACAGGUUCUGUGCUCAAGAUGUUGGUGUGGACGGCCUUUUUCGGACUCGUGGCCCGCUUCACCGUCAUGAGUCGUCGUUGGAGCAUGGACGAAGCUACCAGAAAGGGGUCUCUGGAGCUCGGCCUCGCGUUGACCGCGUCGUCGUUCUUCCUGGCCAUCGUUGGUAUCAUGAAUGUCCUCGAAAAAGACGCUCUGGAAACUCUAAAGUCAACUCGCCGGCCAGGCUCCAUCGUCACCACGGAGGAGUGGCCCACUUGGGUCUUCAACUUUCUGCCGACUCUCCUCGUCCUCUCCAUUAUGGCUGUCUACCAUCCAGGCUAUUACCUGCCAAAGCGGCUGACGGGCGCGCGCCUCAGGGGAAGGGAACUCGAGAGCAUGGAGAUGAUCCGUGAUGAGGAGAGUAUCGGCGUCGCGACGGUCAAAAACGGUUGGGUGAUCAGCAGCCCGAAGGUCAUGACGGAGAAGGAAAUCGAAAUUGGCGUGAGCAUGCAGACGUACGAGAGAGCGGGAGGCGUGCCCGUGGCUUAUGCCAGAUGA